AUGAGUGCACUCGCUUCGUGUGGCCUGUUGCUGGUGCUGGGACUGAGAGCCCUCGCUGAGCAGAACGAUGAUAGCUCUGGGAAAGAACGAUUCUGCCUGGAGAAACUCGCGGAUCAUUUAUCCAGACCCGUGGCUCUGGAAAUGAUCGGCGAAGAUGUACUCAUCGGCGAGCAUCGAGGGAAGAUUUCGCGCAUGAAUCUUCAUACGGGAAUCGUCUCGGACGUGGUUGAUCUCUCGGGCCGACUGCUGACUUCACAAUCAUGGAUGGACCACCGGGGACUUCUCUCUCUCCUUGUCGUGCAGACCGACGACGUUGAAAAACCCAGACGCACCCUGCUACUGACUUCCAGCAGAACGAGCUCUAACCCAGAAGCUGAUCACGAUACGGUCAUCUCAGCGAUUCCUUUCGAUGAAAAUGGAAAGUUGGAUGUGGAGAAGGAAUACGAAUUGACCCGAGUCAGUCAACCGAGUAAUCGCUACAACGGUGGUCAGCUUCUGGCUCAAUUGGACAAAGGCUUCCUAUACCUAACGACCGGAGACGGUGCAAUGAAGUAUCAGCAAUCGAAAAGGUUUGACAUGGAUUCGUCGAACGGGAAAAUCCUCAAGAUGAAGAUAAAACUCCCCUCCUCAUCAGAAGCCGAUGAACUCGCAUCGGUGCGCGAACGGAGUAUCUUCGCGAGCGGCUUCAGGAACCCAUGGCGAUGUGCUCUCGACACGAGGGAAGUCUCACGAGGCAGGACGCAGUUUUUUUGUGGCGAUACAGCCAUCGAUCCCCAUCCCGAAGAAGAAAUUUUCCUGGUUCGCCAGGGGAAACGUUACGGGUUCCCCAUCGCAGAAGCUCAGGCGGAUGACGAACAAGCUAUCUACAAGUAUUCCCUGGAAACCGGAGCAGCCGUCGUAGGGGGACGAGUUUAUAAAGGCAACGGCUUGCCGUCCCUCAACGACACAUUUCUGUUCGGAGAUUACGUCAGCGGUAAAAUCUUCACGCUCGCAGAGGCUCCAUCCGGAGUCUGGAAGGCGAAUGAUCUCAAUGCGUCCGAUUGGUGUUCCUCCUCGACGCCUGCUAAACUGCACAUCGUGGCCUUUGCCGAGAAUCACUACGGUGACCUGUUGAUCCUCGCGGAUGACGCAUCGAGGGACGGAUCUCAAAAGGGCAUGAUUUUGAAACUCAGACAGAUCUCUGGAGCCUCGAAACCUCUGAGCGGCUAUGGGAAAUACAUCGCUAUCGGUCUUCUCUUCUUCUUUUUCCAAACCGUAAUCUAA